GAAGCCCAUCCAUAAUCAAUUAGUAUGUUUGUCUUCUACCUUCUUCUUCAAAGGGCCAUGUAUCUCUAUUGGUAGCUCCAAAGUUGCAGACAUGGCAAAAAUAGUUGUUCUUAUUGUUUGCCUAGUUCUUGUGGCUAUGGACGUUGUAGCUGGUAUUCUCAGUAUGGAAGCUCAAUUUGCCAAAAACAAGGUGAUUACACUUAAGAGGCUACGAACAUUUGAGUGUAAGGAAUCUAGACGUAAAGCAUUUAAGCUUGGAUUAGCUUCAGCUGUACUUCUAGCUCUAGCACACGUUACAUCUAACUUGCUUAGCGGGUGCAUUUGCACUAGUUCCAUGGAAGAGCUGGAAAGAUCAUCGACUAACCGGAAAAUAUGGUUUGCAUGUCUUAUUUCCUCAUGGAUUAUAGUGGCCAUUGGUCUUCCUACGCUGAUUAUGGGAAUAGUAGAAGAUUUCACAUCAAGAGGUUCAUGCCCACUCUCACACCUUCAUUUUCAGUCCAUUGGUGGGAUAUCAUGCUUCAUACAUGGUCUGUUAUGCAUAUCAUUAUAUCUUUCUGCGACUUUCAACUUUGGAAUUAAUGAAAGCUCUACUACCUCUUCGGGACGUGAAGUACUUCCUUGACUGUCAUUUUCUUCUCUCUCUUUUUUUGUAUGGGUUUUUCUUUGAGAAAUGGCAAUUCAUAUCUCUUUCUCAGGCGAUAAUGAUAAGACAUCUAUAAUGUCUAAUAGCUCAUGAUAAGACAACAGCAAAUAUUAAUUGGAGACUA